AUGGCACCGAAUCCUACAGCCCGGCAGCCCCUUAAACUGCUCAUGCUACACGGCUACACCCAAUCGGGUACUCUCUUCCAUGCCAAAAGCCGCGCUCUGACAAAACACAUCCAAAAGGCCUUCCCUCUCCACGAAGUGACCGCAAUCUACCCAACCGGUCCACUGCGUCUUCGCCCCUCUGAGAUUCCCGGCCAUGAGCCCUCCGGCCAGCCGGACGACGAAAUCGAAGCCUACGGCUGGUGGAGACGAUCGAACACAGCCAAUCCGCCUCUCUACACGGGGAUCGAAGAUGGCUUUGCAGCAGUCGCACAAACACUAAAGGCCGAAGGACCCUUUGACGGAGUUAUUGGAUUCUCACAGGGUGCCGCAUUGGCAGCAAUGGUUGCGGCUAUUUUAGAGGGACGCAAAGAGACCUUUGAGCACUUUGCCAAGGUUACCGAAGAUGGCGCAACGGGAAUGGAUAUCCCCGCUCCAUUUGGCGAACAGUUUCACCCGCCAUUGAAGUUUGCGAUCUGUUAUUCUGGGUUCAGGGCUCCUGGUGUGCGGUAUAAUGCUUUCUAUGAGCCUGCGAUUACGACGCCUGUUUUGCAUGUGCUUGGGUCCUUGGAUGCUGUUGUUGACGAGGGGAGGAGCCGGACGCUGAUUGAAGCUUGCAAAGGGGAGCCGGAGAAGGAUGGUUCCGUUGUUUGGCAUCCUGGUGGUCAUUUCUUGCCUAGCCAGCGGCCUUAUCUGGAUGCCGCUGUUAGGUUCAUCCGGGAGCAGAUGGAGGGUGGUAAGAAGGAGGUUGAGGAGGUGGAUGUUAAUGAUAUGGAUAUGCCGUUCUAG